AUGACCCGUACGGUUAAAAAACUUGAAGUGCCUAGACCCUUGAAAUCGACGACCAGCUCCGCACACAACCGUAACUCUGUUUUAGAUGUGAAAAUUAAUUCUGUUGAUGACUUGAUAGUUUUGACGGAGGCGGUGGCAUAUCAAAUGAUGCAGGGGAACUUUGACCGUGCACUUCAGAGUAAUGUUGCCACUAUGUAUUCUAACCUUAAACUUUAUGGUGCCCAGCUUGAGGCACUCUAUAAAGACUUUCUUGAUAGAUAUUUUGUUGUUUUUCGCAAUGGCUCACAAGAUGAGCGACUCGACAAAAAAACUCGGCUUCAUCUCCUUGAGCUUAUAGAAUUGCGUGCUAAACAUUGGCAAGGUUCUGAUUAUAUGAGUCAAUAUUACAGACAUCGCGGUACACAUGCUGAGCCUCUCCUAGUACCAAUAAUGGACGGCACAGGGUCAGGCGGCUCGGCGUCCCCCACGCUGGCUGCGCCCGCCGAGCCGCCCGCACUGCUGGCCCCGGGUGAGGUGAUCAAGCCCUCGGGCAAGUUCCCCAAGCCCACCAAGAUACCUGGCAAAAACUACUCUAAAGAUGAGGUUGUUAUACGCAAUGCUGAUUCUGGGAAAGUGAUGGGUAUCAAGGGCAGGCGGGUGCAUAUGAUCGAGGAGCUAAGUGACACGAUCAUAUCGUUUCAGAGAGUGAGUCCUGGUGCGAAGGAGCGUCUUGUGCAGAUCACUGGGCCCAAUGAGGAGAAUGUCAACCACGCGAAGCACCUGAUAGGAGAUACGAUCCGGCGCAACGCGUCGCCCGUGCGGCUGGAGGGCUCGCUGGAGGGCGGCGCGCUGGCCGCCUCGCGCGCCUCGCUUGACUCCACUGGUUCCGACGACCGGCCACGGGAGAAAUCUCCUCACAACAACUCCAGGGCUCUAUUGCAUAGCUUCUCUACCAAUGACGCCGCCUUGGGGGAGUAUAAGUACACUGUCACCUUUGGGCAACAUUCCAUCAAGAUAACCGGCAACAAUUUGGAUCUCGUUAAGACGGCGAAAUUGGUGCUGGACGAAUAUUUCGAGAGCGCGGGCGCUCUGGAGGCGAUGGGGCUGGGCUCGGGCGACUUCUUCACGCUGUCGCAGCGGCCCGCCGCCGCGCUGCUGCUGCGCGACGACGCCGCGCUCAACGGCGCAGACGACGACGUGUUCGUGCCCGCCGGCGCCGCGCCCGCGCCCGCCGGCCCCGCGCCCGCCGACGACCCCGCAGCGGCGGAGGGCGAGGCCGCGCCGCGCCGCCCGCGCUUCUCCCGCGCCACCUCCACCGACAAGAGCGCAGCAGGUGGCGGUAGCAGGCAGACGUACUCGUACGAGACGCUGGUGCAGUACGCGGACUCGCCGCUGAGCAAGCUGCCGCCCGCCGGGCUCGCCGCCUUCCCCGCCGAGCUGGCGCGCAAGACUUGCCUGGAGUUCGACAGUGUCAGCUACUUGAAGAAGGUGCGCGCUGCCGGCGGCGUCACCCUCACCCUCGACGCGCCCGACUCCCCCGAGCCCGAG